GUGGCCAACUUCGACGGACGACUGGGUUACUCUUCUCCUGGUGCUGAGGGGACUUGUGAGACCUCGGGUUUCAAUUCCAGUCUCAGCACAUGGAACGCCGUCGUCUCCAUGCCGAACACCGCUGUCACCAGUCUCGAUGGCGCGACCGUGACAACGGCGACAACGGAGGCGCACACCGGGGUAAGAACCACUAUGUGA